AAAAAUGGAGACCAAAAACAGCAUUAAUGGUUCUCCAUAUCACCUUAUUCUCAAAAGCCUAACACUCAUUCCCAUCACACACUACUUGUUAGUAGCAUUUUUAGCUUUUGUUAUAUUUGUGUACAAUCUAUUCGAAAUGCAUAUUAUAGAUGACAUUUUUAGCGGCUUUGGAGGUAAUCAUGUAACUCUUACGUUUGAAUCAUCCUCGGAGUUAUAUCGAGAUGUUGUGUCCAAGUGUCACCUUCUCCAUAAGAGAUACUUUUCGACUCCAUGGAUAUCUGGUCCACAUCUUCAGACUAUAUUACUAAAUCUUUUGGUAAAGACUCCUAAGUUAAACUAUGAAAGAGAGCUAUUUCUUUAUUCAGAUGGUGGAACGGUAGCUUUGGACUGGCUAAUGAAUUUUGAUGAGACAAACUUUCAAGUCAAUGGAAGUAAUACGGAUGCGAAAGUGGUUCCACUCGUGAUAGUAGUUCCUGGCUUAACAAGCUAUUCUGAAUCUCCGUACAUAAAACACAUUGCAUACAUGAUGGCAAAACGUGGAUGGAAUGUCGUCAUAUACAAUCACCGUGGGCUUGCAGGUGUACCACUCACUUCCGAUUGCGUCUAUCAUCCUGGAUGGACAGAGGAUUUACGCCAAGUAGUGAAUCACAUACAUAAUCGACAGCCUGAAACUCCUCUUUAUGCUAUUGGAACUAGCAUUGGAGCCAAUGUUUUGGUAAAAUAUCUGGGCGAGGAUGGGGUUAAUGUCCCACUUGUGGGUGCUGCAUCUAUCUGCAAUCCAUGGGAUCUUUUGAUGGGUGACAGAUUCCUUGCCAGAGGGCUUAGGCAAAGAUUUUACGAUAAAAUUUUAGUGAACGGCUUACAGAACAUUGCUAGACAGAACCAGGAUGUAUAUGCCCGUGUUGGAAAUUGGGAAGGCACCGAUAAGGCACAAACUGUUGGAGAGUUCAAUAAUUACAGUUCUCGACUUACUGGAGACUUUGAGACAGUUGAUGCGUACCAUAGAUGGGCUAGCAGUGCGCGUUUGGUCAUGAAUGUAAAGGUGCCACUUCUUUGCAUCAAUGCCAUGGAUGACCCUGUCUGCACAAAUGAAGCUAUUCCUUUUGAUGAGUGCCGAAAGAACAAAAAUAUUGUUCUAGCAACUACGCAACAUGGUGGACACAUUGCAUUCUUUGAAGGAAUGGCUGGCAAGGAUUUGUGGUGGGCAAAGGUGGUUGAAGAAUACCUGUCUGUUCUGCAUUCAAAUAAGCUCAUUGCUGAACAAACAACUGGUACAACACCACCGAAUGGACUCUAGUUUUCCUGUGUUGGACGUUCGUUGUAAUAUUAUGGAAUAUUUUGAAAUGGUGAGUCUGAGGCUAAGGUCGCGGUGUUGCAACUGCUGCUAGAAAGAUCAACUACACCAUUGUCCAACCAUAUCUAUAAAGUACUAACGAUCCAAGUUUUAAGUCGACUAGUGAUAGCUGUUUGAACCUUAUUGUUGUAACUUCUUGAUUUGUCUAUCUACUUUACUUCACUUUUGCAUUCAAAGAAUCAAUUCACAUCUCAGUUA